GGGAAGAUUGCAGCAAGAUUGUCUGAGAACUUGCAGAACUUUCCAGGACCUACCAGGCAAGUUUCUGUUUUCAAGAGGGAAAAAGAUUUCAGGAACAGGACCCAAGGUGAUCUGCUCAGAACAAAAUGGAGGGGCUUCAGAAGGGUGGAGAAGACACCUGCAUCAAAGGUGGAGGAGAAGAGAGCUUAAAUCCAGGAUCAUUUUGGUUGAGGAUCAUCCUGGCGGGCAAAACAGGCGGCGGGAAAAGCGCCACCGGGAACAGCAUCCUCGGCCAGCCAGUGUUUGAGUCCAGGCUGGGGGCCCAGUCGGUGACCAGGAAGUGUCAGGGGGCCACGGGCACGUGGAACGGGAGGAGCAUCCUGGUGGUGGACACGCCCCCCAUCUUUGAGGCGAGGGCCCAGGACCAGGAGGUGUACGAGAACAUCGGGGACUGCUACCUGCUCUCGGCCCCAGGGCCUCACGUGCUGCUGCUGGUGACCCAGCUGGGCCGCUUCACAGAGCAGGACGUGGUGGCCGUGACCAGGGUGAAGGAGGUCUUCGGGGUGAGAGCCCUGAGACACAUGGUCAUCCUGUUCACCCACAAGGAGGACUUAGCGGACGGAUCCUUGCAUGACUACGUAGCCAACACAGACAACCUGAGGCUGAGGGGCCUGGUCCGGGAGUGCGGGCAGAGGUACUGCGCCUUCAACAACCGGGCGUCCGGCGACGAGCGGGGGGAGCAGCUGGCCGGGCUGAUGGCCGUGGUCGAGGGGCUGGAGAGGGAGCACCAGGGCGCCUACCUCAGCAACGACCUCUUCUUUGAUGCACAGCGGCUCCAGCAGGGCGGGGGCGACCCCCACGGAGAAGGUCACGUGCGCUACCUGGCCAAGGUGCGGUCGCAUGUUGCAAAGCAAAAGCAAGACCUGCAAGAGGCCCAGAGAAACCGUGCCUUCAAGGUGCUCCUCCGAGUCAAAAACUGGAUCGUUGUGCAUGAUGAGCUUUGUGUUUGUCUUGUUUGGUGCAGCUUACUUUUUCUUCUUAUUCUGCUGAUCAUCUGGUAUCAUCUUUAA